GGCCACCCAGCCUACUUACCCAUCCACUCACUCAUCAUAGCCUACCUACAUGUUAUUUAGAUUUCUAAGAAGUUUAAUCUUUUUUAGUUUUCUAAUUAGUAUUUAAGGCAUUAUUAAGGUUAAAGCAGAGAUUUAAGUAUAAUAAUUUUAAUAACUGAAACGUAAAGAAGCAGAUACCGAUAAAAUAUAGACAGUAAGUAAGUUAGUUUUAUCGCAAAACAGAUAAAAAUAUCCGCGGAGCAUUUUUUCGAAGAAAGGAGAAAAUUUUCGCUGCUCCCGAAGUGAAGUGAUUUUGGCGGAGGCCGAAGAAAAAGAAGAAGUAGUGCCGUCGCUUGAAUUUGGUUGCGAGAAGAAGAAGAAGAGGAAGCGUUUUCGGGAAGUGCGUCGUGGUUCUGUUUUUGUGGCCAUCCAGCAAAAUUAGUGCGUUCGGCAACGACAGGAUGCAUCCGUCGAAGAAGAUGAACGCGGCGGAAUUGGACGACCACGAGAAGGGCAAGUUGUUCGUCGGUGGCCUAUCGUGGGAAACGACGCAGGAGAACCUGCAGCGCUAUUUCGGUCGGUACGGCGAGGUCAUUGACUGUGUGGUGAUGAAGAAUAACGAGACGGGACGUUCCCGUGGGUUCGGAUUUGUCACUUUUGCGGAUCCGGAAAAUGUCGAUCGGGCGCUGGACAACGGGCCGCAUACGCUGGAUGGACGGACGAUUGACCCGAAGCCGUGCAAUCCGAGGUCGCUGCAUAAGCCAAAACGGACCGGUGGCUAUCCGAAGGUAUUUUUGGGCGGUCUCCCGCCGAAUAUAACCGAAACAGAUUUGCGAAGCUUUUUCAGCCGGUACGGUAACGUGAUGGAGGUGGUCAUAAUGUACGAUCAGGAGAAGAAGAAGAGCCGAGGAUUUGGUUUCCUUUCGUUUGAAAACGAACCGGCUGUCGAGCGCGCCACGGCGGAACACUUUGUCAACAUCAGUGGUAAGCAAGUUGAGAUCAAGAAAGCCGAGCCCCGCGAUGGUAGUGGCAACAAUAACAGCAUGAACGCCGAUUCCUAUCAAUGGGGAUCGCCUCAAGCUCCCCCGAUGGGUAACGGCCAGAUGGGUGGUCCCCCAAUAAAUAUGCAGUCGAACAUGAUGCAGGGCUACCAAGGAUGGGGUGCUUCGCAGCCCCAGCAAGGUUACGGAGGAUAUGGGGCUUCGGCUGGAGCGGCCAAUGCUUAUCAAGGUUGGGGAGCCCCUCCGCCACAACAGUGGGGCAACUACAACGCGACUCCCCAGCAGACGCAAGGCUAUGGUGGGUACGAUAUGUAUAAUAGUUCCGGCGCCGGAAGCGCAGGCGGUUAUGGUUCUGGAAAUUGGAAUUCUUGGAAUAUGCCUCCAAACACGGGAUCGACCGGAUCGGCAGAAAUGUACUCGAGGCCACAGUCCGGCCCAGCGGCUGGCCCGGCUGGAUCGGCUGGCCCAACGGCGGGAGGACCAUCCAAACCCGGAUCCGAAUACGGCGGUGGUUCGGCGUACGGUUCCGGUGCGGCUGGCGGCUACGGUGGCUACUAUCAGAACGAACAGAACACCGCGGCUGCCUACAACAGGCCUCGGUCAGCAUACGGCGGCGGCAACGAUGCUUCCUCGCAGCCACCCUAUCCAGCAUUUUGAGAGAUGAUGACGCCGACGACGACGAGCAGGAUGCAACAGCCGCCGCCUCAGCCGCCCCAGCACCAUCAGCAACAGCAGCAGCAGCAACACUUUGCCCAGCAGCAGCUCUCUGGCGGGGCGAAUCCGGCGGGGUCCGUUGCAACCUCCUCUUUCGAUCGAAGCCUGAUUGGAACGAAGUCGUAAAGAUUAGAUCAGAAGUGAAUUAUUUCUUAUUUUUUUUAAACUUGAAAAACAAAACUAAUUAUACAUAUAUUAUUAUAACAAGAGGAGGAAGAAGAAGCAGGCACUCUAGGAAGAAAGCAAACAAUUAUAAAUAUAUUAAUAUUAUUGAAGCAAAAAGAAUAAAAACAAAAUCCAGCGAGCUGGAAGAAACAACAAAACACACAAUUGGACAGAAGGCAAAAAGAUUAAUACAAAGAAAGUAUAAGCAUAAAUACAACUCAUUCAUAGAAACUGAAAUGAAGAACACGUCUAUAUCCUUAAUAUAAAUAAAAACAAAACAAGAAACCUUUAUUGAUUAGUGUUAGGAGUGAAACAAAAACGAAGAAAUUGUUCAUACACAAGUACACGCACUCAAACGAUUAUACAAAAUUGAUACAUGAAUAAAACAUGGAAGUGGAAAUUUUUUUUUGAAAACAUCGACUUGUUGCAAAAUUUUGAUCAAGAAAGUUCUCACCUCUCAAACGCAUACCUAACGUCCAUUGAUUGAUUGGUUCGGUUUCCUUCUUAUAUUUCGUCCCCAGCCUCCGUCACGUUCCAAUAAAUCACUUGAUUAUGCAGACUAGAUUUAACUUAUUAAAAAAUCAAAAAAGGUAUAAAAAAAUGGAAAAAAUGUUAAAUUUAACUGAAAAAAUUUAUUUCUUUUUCUAAACCGACGGAUUGGGACAACCCUCACUAACAUUUCUUCUCUUGAGUGGAACAUCUAAUAUGUGGUGUUUGGAGAAAAAAAACCCACAAAAAACAAACAGCAAAACCUCCUUCGUCGCUUCACAUGUUCGCACGUACGACGUUACUUCUGUCUUUUCUUAAGGAAUUCGUUUUUAGUUUGUUAUGGCCCCUUCUGUUAAGGUUUUUUUGUUUGCUUGCUCUAGAAACGGAACGAUAAGGACAUACUCUAUACAACGUUAUGAAAUCUUCGUAAAAAUAAAGCUAUUACUUAAUCAGGUACCCAUAAUAAUAGAUGAACAAAGAAGCAAAAGCAGCAGAAGUUUUAAAAAUCCGCGUUUAGUUUUUUGUGUAUUGAUUAAAUUAAGUAAUUGUGUAAAGAGAUGGUAGAAACAGUGAGAAAGUGAUAAAUUUUUCGUUUUAUUUUCGUUUUCGUAAUAAGGUUAUGGAUCAAACAAAGUACUGCUCUCCCUUAAGGAGGUUUAGAGACACAUACAAGCAACAUAACAUACAUUUAACGGAAAAUCUAAGCAAAUGCUAGUUGGUAAAUGAUGAUGAGACUUUACUUUUGGCAGGCUCCCCGGUCUGCUGAAAAUUUCGUAACUAAUUCUUAAGUUUUUCGUCGUUCGUCGGUUAAGGACCCUAAACUUUGGUAUAUAGGACAUACUUCCCUCUCUGAGAAGGCUGUCAAACACAAAUACUGCUAUACUUAGGAACAAACAGACAUACACAAACAAACAACUAAAGCAAAUGAGUAAUAAGUGAAAGAUAUUUUUUAAGCCCAGCCCACCCUGUUAGGUGAUCGGCCAGGGGUCGGGUUGAUCGAUACUAGUGAUUUUUUUUCGUUGGUAAGUGGCCGAAAGUCGCGCGUAUUUUUCGGAUAUAAAGUAACGUUACGAUAUGGUUAAACUAUGUACGGAAACCACAUAACCCUUUAAUCAAAAAAGGUCGUGUUUAAGAUAACUUUAGAGAACAAGAGAUUGCCGAAAGCGAGCGAGCGAGCGAGAGAGAGAAGUUAACUCUAUGAUUUUUGUUUUUAAAUUUAAAGGAAAACCGUUAAAUCGUAAUACUUGAGAUAGAACUACCAGCAAAUUAGCAGAAGUAACGCAAACACGGAGAAAAAAACUGCGGUGCGGAACGAGAAAGUCUAGCGAUAAAUUAUUAUGGGUAAGUUUUAUAAGAACACACACAAACUAAAAGUAAAGUUAAAAAAUCUACAAAAACCAUCAAUAAAUUAGAGAGCAAAAAGCGCGUCGUCUGUAAGUGAAAAGAAAUGCAAAUUUAACUUAUAAAUCGUACACAUAGUUGUGAAUCACCUGAUUAAGAGAGAUAGUAAAACAAAAAACAAACUAGCGGAUCAUUUCUUGCGUUUUUGUUUUCCCCACAAAAAAUAAAACCAAGAAGUUUAAGAAAGCUCUAGAAAAAGAAAUAAGUUGUACUUCUAAUUCUAAUCUAUAAAUUUUCCAUUUAAGAAAACAACCAAAAUGCGGAACGAAUUAUACAAACGCAUAGCAUUCAUAAGUAACAUUAAAAACCCAAGAAUCAGUAAGAGAGCAAAUUAAGCAAACUUAGAUUGACCCAAUCCCAACAAACAGCAGCCUCUCGAUCCCUUUUGUGUGUUUAAAAAACAUUGAUUAAUAUGAAAAGAGAGUAAAUCUAAUAUGCAACAAACAAACAAAAAAAAAAGAAACAUUUAUUCUUCGACGGGACUUGUACAAAGCAGAACGUUAAGUGAAAUGAAGUAAACACUACCGAGAAGAAAACCUUCUAUUCUGAACCCCAUCCCCUUCUAAGAAACUUUAUUUUACUUUGCCCGCCAAAUCCCAUUUACCCUUAUUCCUCCUUUCCUCGCAAUUGAAUCAUUUAGUUCUUUUCAGUUUGUCUUUUCUUUAUUUUUGGUAUCUUCUCGCAGUAGUUGGAACAUUUUUUUUUGUGAAAAGGUAUUUUUUCUGGAAUUUUAAGUAGGAAUCAUAUUUUUAGACAGUAGACAAGUAACACAGAGGAAAAAGGCAAAAAACAAGCAAAGCAAAUCUUCAAAUUAAGGAAACCAGAUUUAAUCUACAUCUAUUUUUUUAAAAGAAUAUACCGCAAAUCGUUCUAUAGAUUUUUUUGUUUUUUCUUUGUUUCGGAUGAGGGUGUGAAAUGUUUUCGUAUAUUUUUGCGCUAUUAUUUUAUUGCUGUUUUUUACAACAACAAACUCCUAAAAAUAUGAAUAAAAAAAAACAAAAAAAAUAAUCAUAUACAAACAUAUAUAUCAAACAUUAAAGUGUAUCUCUUUUUCGUUUAUUAUUUUUUUAUUUGUCGUCUUCAAUUAAUACAAUGGAAUAAUGAAAUAUUCUUUUUAUUUGUUUGCUAUCACUGAAAGGAAGCAACAGCGAAGAUAAUCUAAUUAUUAUUUUUUUUCAUGAAGUUAGGAUUAUUCCUGUUCAAUUCGAAUUAAAAGAAGGUCUAAUAAAAAGGAUGAAAAAUAAUAA